UAUUUUUAUUUUAUUUGUGUGUAUUACUUGCAAAGUAUUCUUACUACCACAAUGCUCCAAUACAUAUCUAAACAGGUAUUAAAUGGUGCUAUCAAAACCACCAAAUUAUCAAUUUCUGUUGGUAAUGGUGGUUUCAACCCAAUUAAUAAAUUUUCCUCAUUGAAAAGAUUUGCCAGUAGUGCUGGUGCAUACCCAGGUGCUUCUCUUCUCAAGGGUAAGCAACAACUUGUGGAUGUGUCUAAAGUGCUUGUCAUUGGUUCUGGUGGUCUUUCCAUUGGUCAAGCUGGUGAAUUCGAUUACUCUGGUUCUCAAGCCAUUAAGGCUCUUAAGGAAGCUAACAAACAAUCUAUUCUUAUAAAUCCAAACAUUGCCACCAACCAAACCUCACAUGCUCUUGCUGAUGAGAUCUACUACCUUCCAGUUACUGCUGAGUACAUCACUUAUAUCAUUGAACGUGAAAGACCUGAUGGAAUUCUCUUAACUUUUGGUGGUCAAACUGGUUUGAAUGUCGGUGUUAAAUUGGAAAAAAUGGGUGUCUUUGAAAGAUACGGUGUUAAAGUCUUGGGUACUCCAAUCAAGACUUUGGAAACCUCUGAAGAUCGUGAUUUGUUUUCUCAAGCUUUGAAGGAAAUUGAUAUUCCUAUUGCUGAAUCCAUUGCUGUUGAAACUGUUGAUGACGCCUUGAAGGCUGCUGAAGAAGUUGGAUACCCAAUUAUUGUUAGAUCUGCUUACUCUCUUGGAGGUUUGGGUUCUGGUUUUGCUGCCGAUGCCCAAGAAUUGAAGAACUUGGCUUCUCAAUCUCUUUCCUUGGCUCCACAAAUUCUUGUUGAAAAAUCUUUGAAAGGUUGGAAGGAAGUUGAAUACGAAGUUGUCAGAGACAGAUUGAAUAACUGUAUCACCGUCUGUAACAUGGAAAACUUUGAUCCUUUGGGAAUUCAUACUGGUGAUUCCAUUGUCGUUGCUCCUUCUCAAACUUUAUCCGAUGAAGAAUACCACAUGUUGAGAUCUGCUGCAAUUAAGAUCAUUAGACAUUUGGGUGUUGUUGGUGAAUGUAAUGUUCAGUACGCCUUGCAGCCAGAUGGCUUGGACUACAGAGUCAUUGAAGUCAAUGCUCGUUUAUCUCGUUCCUCUGCCUUGGCUUCUAAGGCCACUGGUUACCCAUUGGCUUACACUGCUGCCAAGAUUGCUCUUGGUCACACCUUACCUGAAUUGCCAAACCCUGUUACCAAGUCUACCUCUGCUAACUUUGAACCUUCUUUGGACUACAUUGUUACAAAGAUUCCAAGAUGGGAUUUGUCCAAGUUCCAACACGUUAAGCGUGACAUUGGCUCCGCUAUGAAAUCUGUUGGUGAAGUUAUGGCUAUUGGUAGAAACUUCGAAGAAUCAUUCCAAAAGGCUAUUCGUCAAGUUGACCCCUCUUACGUUGGAUUCCAAGGUGAUCAUUUUGAAAACUUGGAUGAAGCUCUUGCUAACCCCUCUGACCGUAGAUGGCUUGCUGUUGGACAAGCACUUCUCCAUGAAAACUACACCGUUGAACGUGUGCAUGAUCUUACCAAGAUUGACCCAUGGUUCUUACAUAAGCUCAUGAACAUUGUUAACAUGUAUAGGGAAUUACAACAUGCUGGAAAAUUAUCGAAUGUUUCUCGUGAUCUUAUGACUCGUGCUAAGAAGUUGGGUUUCUCUGACAAGCAGAUUUCUCAACAACUUGAAGCUGAAACCGGUGAAUUGGAUGUCAGAUCAGUCAGAAAGAGCUUUGGAAUCGUGCCAUUUGUUAAGAAGAUUGACACUUUGGCUGCUGAAUUCCCUGCUGACACCAACUACUUGUACACUACCUACAACGCUACUUCCUCAGAUGUUACAUUUGAUGAACAUGGAACUUUGGUUUUGGGUUCAGGUGUUUACAGAAUUGGAUCUUCUGUUGAAUUCGAUUGGUGUGCCGUCAGUACCGCCCGUGCUCUCCGUGAAGCUGGCCGUAAGACUAUUAUGAUUAACUACAACCCAGAAACUGUCUCCACUGAUUUCGAUGAGGUCGACAGAUUAUACUUCGAAGAGCUUUCCUUAGAAAGAGUUUUGGAUAUCUAUGAAUUGGAAACUGCUCAAGGUGUUGUUGUCAGUGUUGGAGGUCAAUUACCUCAAAACAUUGCUUUACUGUUGCAAGAAGAAGGUUGUACCGUCUUGGGUACUAACCCAGAAGACAUUGAUAAAGCUGAAGACAGACACAAGUUCUCUCAAAUCUUGGACUCCAUCGGAGUUGAUCAACCACAAUGGAAGGAAUUAACUUCUAUUGAAGAAGCUGAAAAGUUUGCCAACGAAGUCGGUUACCCAGUAUUGGUUCGUCCAUCUUAUGUUUUGUCUGGUGCUGCCAUGUCCGUUAUUAACUCUCAAUCUGAACUUGAAGCAAAACUCUCCAAUGCUUCCAAGGUUUCUCAAGACCAUCCAGUUGUGAUCUCCAAGUUCAUCCUUGGUGCACAAGAAAUUGAUAUUGACGGUGUCGCCAACCAAGGUGAAGUCCUUGUACAUGCUGUCUCUGAACAUGUUGAAAAUGCUGGUGUUCACUCUGGUGACGCCACUUUAGUAUUACCUCCACAAAACCUUUCUCCUGUCAUUCUUGGUAGACUUAAGGAAAUUGCCGAUAAAGUUGCCUCUGCUUGGUCUAUCACUGGUCCAUUUAACAUGCAAAUUAUUAAGGAUGACCGUAACGGUACUCUUGACGACUCUCAAUGUCACCUUAAGGUUAUUGAAUGUAACAUUAGAGCUUCGCGUUCUUUCCCAUUUGUCUCCAAGGUUCUUGGUGUCAAUUUCAUUGAUGUUGCAGCCAGAGCUCUUAUUGGAGAAAAUGUCCCAGCUCCUGUCAACUUGAUGGAUAAGGAAUAUGGUCAUGUUGCUACCAAGGUUCCACAAUUUUCCUUCACUAGAUUGGCUGGUGCCGACCCAUUCCUUGGUGUUGAAAUGUCCUCAACGGGUGAAGUUGCUUGUUUCGGAAGAGAUUUGGUUGAAGCCUACUGGACUUCUAUUCAAUCUACCAUGAACUUUGUUGUUCCUCAACCUGGUUCCGGUUUAUUGUUUGGUGGUGACUUAUCCAACGAUAAGUUGGGUAAGGUUGCAGCCACUCUUUCCGGAUUGGGAUACAACUUCUACACCGCUUCCGAAGGUGUUGCUUCUUACUUGAGAGACUACGUUCCAGAAACUAUUGAAGUCAUUGAAUUCCCAAAGACUGAUAAGAGAGCCUUGAGAGAAAUUUUCCAAGAAAAGAAGGUCAGUGGUGUAUUCAACUUGGCCAAGGCUAGAGCUGAAGAUUUGUUGGAUGAAGAUUAUGUUAUGAGAAGAAAUGCCAUCGACUUUGGUAUUGCUCUCUUCAAUGAACCAAACACUUCGCAAUUGUUUGCCGAAUGUUUGAAGGCUAAGAUCGCCAACAAGCCAACUUUCGAUGUCACCCCUGAAACAGUAAUCGUUCCAGAAGAGGUACAAAGAUGGAGUGAGUUCCUUGGGGGAAAGCCAGUUUAAAAAAUUAUACGAAAAUAAGAACACUUUAAAAAACGAAAAAAAAAAGAUGAAAAUGUCACGAAUUUUAGCUAGUUACACUAGAACCAAAAUAUAAUAAUAUAAGGUAGAU